AUGGACAAGCAUGAAGUGCUACCUUUUAAAGUUGGUCAGCUGGCCGAGGCGAGGUCUUUUCUGUCAGGCUAUCGUAGUGCAUGGUUCCGGUGCAAGAUAAAAGAGAUUACCAGGAUAAGGGGGCGCAUUGUGCAUGCCUUGGAAUAUUUUGAUUUUCCAGAUGAAAAAGUAAAGUUGACAAGACUAUACCAGGUGCCCCCACUUUAUGGUAAGAAGUCUAAAGGGAUAAAACGAUGGUUGAUGGUGCGGCCGUGCUACCCACCUGUCUACCAUAAAAGCCAGAUGCCUCAUGUCAGGGAAAUCUCAGAAGUGGCAGUCAUUGUUGAUGGUGUGUGGAAGGUGGGGGAUUUGGUAGAUUGGUGGACUGAUGGUUGUUAUUGGUCUGGAACAAUUACUCAAAUAUUGGCAAACGGCAGGAUUCAGAUCGAACUGCCCCAUCCUCCUCUGGGUGAAGGCGCAUCUUAUGAAGUUUCUUGCAAUGACUUGCGUCCUUCUUUAGAUUGGUCUCCGGAUAUUGGUUGGACUGUGCCUUCUUCUAUGGAUGGUGAAAACAUUCGUUGCUGUGCCCGGCUUAUUCAGCCAAAGAACCCAGCUGCUGGGGCCUUUCCAGAGAUUCAUGCCAUGGAAGAAGGAAGGAAGUACUCCGAGGACACAGCUGGAUCUUCGUUUAAUGUUUCCAUCUCUUCUCAUAGGUCAGAUAACUCAUUACCAGCACCAGAUAAAUCAAAGCGCUCCAGAACCGGGGAGCUUCUGGAACAACCUUUGAGCACUGUUCCCAAGGAGACGAUGCUUAUAACAGAAACAAAUAUGGAGGCGGGCAUGGGGGAUAAUGGUGCUGGAAAGACAAGUUGUUCAGAUAGUGUUUCUAGUUCACACGGCAGAGAUGCUUCAGCUGAAGUCACAGGACAGAAUGUUGGGGAGGACCUGCAUUGUCCCAGUGGGUCUAAGAAAUCCAGAGACACCGAGGGAGUACUUUCGAAUUCAAUGUGUUCCGACACUUUAGAAGCUGCAAUUUUGGAUUUGGAGGAACUUGCAAACAAGGUUAAAUGGCUUAAGGGAAUUCUGCAAUUUGGAGUUCCUUUGUCUACAACCGCGAGGCCUUCAUGGAAGUUUGUGGAACAACGUCCAUCUUCCGUACCAAAAUGA